UCCGUACAAUCAAUACUAUUGGUCAUAAUUCUUACUCGAAUGUACGAAUAGUUUAUGAUCCAACAUGUCAGAUUUUGCUUGCGCAUGAAGUGUCGUGUGUCAAUGGUGGCCUUGGUGGCCGUGGCGGUGGCGGCGACCAACGGAGGGGACUUUUGGUCGAACUGGGACACCCGCCAAGUGUGCCAUCCCCGCGUGCACGUGUCCCCGUCGACGGCGACUGGCUUGCAACGUGCGGUGCAGGCGGCAUCACACGUCCGCGUGGCGGGUGCUGGCCACUCGUUCUCUCCCAUCGUGCUCACCGAGCACACUUUGGUGACGCUCGACAAGUACACGGACGUCGUGGCUUUCGACGCCGACACAAUCACAGUCCAAGCCGGUCGACCUCUAUACGCUGUCAACGACUACUUGGCAGCCCACGGCCGCGCCUUGCCCAACCUUGGCGCCGUCGCCAUUCAAACCGCAGGUAACGUAUCCACCCACACUGCUGCAGCAUCUAACCACCAUCUUCAUUUGAAUGUUUGUAGCUGGUGUUACGCAAACGGGAACCCACGGCACUGGCAACACCGGUUGCCUCUCGGACAACAUUAUUGGAAUGGAUCUCGUCGUUGCCAAUGGCACGUUAGUCAACCUCGGGCCCGGGCACGACCUCUUCGACGCGGCUCGCGUGGGCAUGGGGGUGCUGGGGGCUGUGAGCACGCUCACGUUUCGCCAUGUCCCCCUUUGGACGAUGGAGCAAAUCACGUUUACUCUGCCGCUGGCUACGUUUCAACUGCACCGCGCCGCCUUGCUUGCGACAUUUGAGCGAACGCAAUGGUACCUCAGUGGUCUACCAGCCAACACAGCUGUGACCGUCGUGCUUCGCGUGAACACAACGAUGCCCAUCACAAGUGGUUGCUGGGGCAACGUGUUUACGACAGUGCCUGCAACCCCCGCGCCAUUCAACUGGACCAAUUGGCCCGAUGAUACCAAGGCGUGUGUCGACCAUAGCUACAAAGUACUCGGUCGAGACGGCAAGAACAACACAAACUUGUUUACGGAAAUGGAAAUGAUGCUUCCCGUGGACUCUGACGCGGCGGCGUUGGCCGACAUGUUGACCCUUCACGCAAACCUCGCCCCGCGUCACGACCCCAAUGUGCCGCUGUUCUUGGGGUUUCGAUAUGUCGAACCGGAUAACCUGUGGCUAUCUCCGUUUUACCAACGGCGCACGGUGGUGGUUUCGACUAUUGUAUACCACCACGGCGAGUACGAAGGAGAAAUCGACCGAUACCAUCGACACAUGCAAGCGGUGCUGACGAAAUACAAAGCCAGGCCCCACACGGGCAAAGCCAACUACUUCACCGCCACCGACAUGGCCGCAGUAUACCCCAAAUUUCACGAGUUUGUGGCGCUCCAACGAGCGGUGGACCCCCACGGAAAGUUCCUUAACAAGUACAUGCGACGGCUGCUCGUCCUCCCGACGUCUGCGACGACGUUGACGACAACCAUGUCCACAUGGUCGUAUGAGGUAGGGUACGUGGCCAUGGCGGCUGGUGGUUGUAUGGUGUUGCUGGUUGGUGGAGCCACUCGUCAAGCGGCAGCAUCUCGUGGAUACCAACGCCUCUAACGACGUCUCCAGUUGCAGACAUGCUCGUCGUGCGAGUCUACACGCGAUAUUGUUUGUCAAGACUAGUGUUAUAUAACACUGUGAGUAUUCUUGUGACUAUUAAUCGUAAUAUACUAGUAUAUACGUACGUACUA